CUUAGGUAUGACAACAUGGAAAGUCCCAGCUGAGUCUGAGGAAUUAAACCCAAAACUCUGCUGACACAGUGAGAAAGAAGCAAGUCCCUAGACCCAGGCAGCUGUGGAGUCACUGUCAUCCAGAACACAAAAAUGUCUGACAACAAUAUGACCAGCCUGGCAGCCAAAUUACAGGAUUUAGAGUUGUGCCUCAACAGUUGCCACAGCCAAGAACAUGGCUAUGGGCAGGCACUGAGAGAAGCCAUUCUUUCCAGGGACCUCUUCAUGGAGGUAGAAGUCCUGAAAAGUCUUGGAGACCUGCAUCUUCAAAAAGGCAAGCUUACUAAAGAUUCAGAAGAGUUUGACAAGGCUGCUGCCCUGUAUGCUGCUGCCUUACUGUGCUGCAAAGAGCCAGAAAUUGGUCAAACUCUGCAACACCGUAUUCACUACAUGGAGAAACUCUCCCGACAACUGCUGCAGGGGUACACUCCACAGUAUCAGAGAUUGUCACCAGACAUUUCUGAAUGUAAUGUCUCAAGGGUGGCAGAGAUUUGCUACAAUUUAGACAGAGAAGUUGGUAAACUGUGGAAAUCUGUUGAAGACACUUACACAGAAGCAUUAGUAACUGCAAUAGAAAAUAGUGAUGUAUUCUUAGAGCUUGAGAGUUUAAAAUCUCUCGGAGAUUUCUACCUUCAGAAAGGCAAGAAAACCUCCGAUAUAUCCCAGUUCUUCAAGGCAGCUGCCAUGUACAACAAGGCCCUGACAAGAUGUGAGGAUCCUGAGACAAAACUAACCCUACGUCAUCGCAUCAGUUAUGCAGAGAAGAUCAGGGAAGCAGUGAGAAUGCAGCCAAGACCAAGAGAAAAGAGAUCAUCCCUGGGACACCAGUUUGGGAACAUGACGAGACCUGAUGUUACACAGAGCCGUAAUAUAAAGAGUCAGCUGCAGUACAAAGACCACAUGAAGGAAGGUGAAUCAUCCCUUGACAGGGCAGACCUGGACUCAGCAGAGAAGCACUUUGCAGCUGCACUCAAGACAGUACACAUGCCAGACCCCAAAGCCCAGCAGUACCAGAGAGAGGUGGAGCCCCUGUGCAAGUUGGGGGAUGUCUACAGUAAGCGAGGUCAGCAGACAGGAGACGGGGGAGACUUGGUCAAAGCAGCAGCACUUUACCGUGCAGCAAUAGCCAGGUCAGAGGAUCAAGUCCUCAAUAGUAACAAAGCAAGAGCUAUUACAGAGGUAGAGAAAUCAUUUCUGAAAUAUGUUUUGAACACUCAUUAUGAUAAGAGCCUAGACAACACAGAUAAACAUAAGAAACAGCUGAAGGAGAUGCGAGACCAGAUCAAGCUGGAGAUGGAAACCAUUGACCAGCAGCUGGAUCCCUAUGCACUGGAUGAAAGUGACCCACGUGUCAAAGAGAUAGAAGCAAAACGAGCUCAGGCUGUCAGGCAGUUGUUUGAGUGGAUUACACAACAAAGGAAGGAGUUCAUCAGCCAGCUAGUAGAUGAGUGUAUUGGGUUAAUGGGUCCACUUCCCUGUAAGUAUGCCCUGAUAGGUUUGGGUUCACAGGCCACAGGACUGGUAACUCCAUACUCAGACCUGGAGUUUGCCAUCUUGGUAGAAGAAGAAAGGGAAGAAUGUCUUGUGUAUUUCUGUAACCUCACCCACUAUCUACACCUCAAGGCGGUCAACCUGGGAGAAACCAUUCUCCCAGCACUGGGAAUAAAAACUCUCAAUGACUUCUACUCUCAGAAUCCACUUGACAACUGGUACUAUGACUCUGUUACACCUCGUGGGUUUGCAUUUGAUGGCUCCAUGCCAAAGGCAAGCAAGACUCCACUGGGUAGGCAAGGAACCAGUAAACUCAUCUGCACCCCAAACAACAUGGCUUCAAAACUACAAAUGGAUGCCACAUUGUAUCUGAAGGAAGGAUAUCACCUUGCCACAAUCUUGAGAAACCCAUGCCUGAUAGCAGGGGACCAGGAGUUGAUCGAAACAUAUAUGGCUAUCACAAUGAAGGUACUGCAAGCUGAUGGGGGGCAAAUGUCUCAACAACUGGCAGAGGAGACACAGAGGGAGAACAUCAGAAAACUAUUAUAUAGUGAUGAGGAAACAAUCACAGCAAGGUUGAUUGAUGUCAAGAAAAAACUGUAUCGCUUCCCAGCUUUAGCAAUUGAUUGCUUGGCAUUGUCAUCACAUAUUAAACCUACCACAGUUUGGAAGAUGAUAGAAGAGAUGGAAAAGAAACAAGUGAUCAGUGCCAACAAUGCACAUCACAUGACAGUGCUUACCAGCAUCUCAGCAGAACUCAGGCUCAGAACCUACAUAGCAAAUGGUGGACAGAAGGAAAACUUGUCAGCUUUGGCCUCGAUGGAAACUGUACUAGAUCAACAUCAGGAAUCAUCCCUACUACCCAAAGAAGAAGUGCAAAGAAAUGAAAUGAAGCCAGUUUUUCAUCUACCAAAUGAAAGACAGCUUUUCAGAUACUAUCACACAGCAGUUCCUCUUAAAUCUGUUUUGUCUAAAUGGUCUGAAAAGAAUCCAGGCCUACAGCCUUUCUCUGAUUUGUAUGAUAAUUCUCCAAUAGUACAAGGACUGAUGUACUGUGAGUUAUGUAAAUAUAGACUGGCUCUCAGACACUACCACGAGGCUCUUAAGACAGCUGAAGGAACCAACACUGAGGAGAUUAUUCUGCUGCUUUGUGAUAUUGGACGUGCUAGUUUUGAGGUGGGUGAUCAUCACAAAGCUAUCAGCUACUAUGAACAGGCACUAACAAUGCAUGGAAAAACCAAUGGGCAGAGUACAGCACAUCUACUCAAUGACAAUGCAUCCAUACUGAACAACCUGGGGACAGCCUGGUCCAGCCUGGGAGAUCAGAGGAAACCAAUCAGCUACUAUGAACAGGCACUGCAGAUGUACAGAAGUAUCCAUGGGCAGAGUACAGAACAUCCUGAUAUUGCCAUGUCACUUGGCAACAUUGGGUCAGCCUGGCACUGUCUGGGUAAUUACAGGAAAGCAAUUAGCUUCCAUGAACAGGCACUGCAGAUGUACAGAAAUAUCUAUGGUCAGAAUAAAGCACAUGCUAGGAUUGCCAUAUAUCUGAACGACAUGGGUCAAGCCUGGGGUUCUCUGGGUGAGUACAGAAGAGCAGUUAGCUGCUAUGAAGAGGCAUUACGAAUGAGAAGGGACAUCUAUGGUCAGAGUACAGCACAUCCUGACAUAGCCAUAUCACUUGCCGCCCUGGGAACAGCCUGGCACAGUCUGGGUGAUUACAAGAAAGCAAUUAUAUACCAUGAACAGGCACUUAUGAUGUCCAAAAGUAUCUAUGGUGAGACUAAAGCACAUCCUCACAUUGCCACAUUACUGAGCAACCUGGGUGUAUCCUGUGGUGCUCUGGGUGAAUACAGUAGAGAAAUCAGCUAUUAUGAACAGGCAUUACAGAUGGAAAGGGACAUCUAUGGUCAGAGUACACCACACCCUGAAAUUGCCACAUCACUUGGCACCCUGGGUAGAGCUUGGGGAAAUAUGGGCGAUUACAGGAAAGCAAUCAACUUCCAUGAACAGGCACUUAAAAUGUACAGGAGUAUCUAUGGCGAGGAUAAAGCACAUCCUUACAUUGUCACAGAACUUGGCAACCUGGGUAAAGCUUGUUGUGAUCAGGGUGAGUACAGGAAAGCAAUUUGGUACAAUGAACAGGCAAUUAUGAUGUCCAAAAGUAUCUAUGGUGAGACCAAAGCACAUCCUCAGAUUGCCACAACACUUAGCAACCUGGGCCAAGCCUGGUGUGGUCUGCGUGAAUACAGGAGGGCAGUCAGCUACUAUGAGCAGGCACUACAGAUGAAAAGGGACAUCUAUGGUCAGAGUACACCGCAUCCUAACAUAGCCAACAGCCUCACCAACAUUGGGUCAGCCUGGCAAUAUCUGGGUGACUACAGGAAAGCAAUCAGCUACCAUGAACAGGCACUUAAAAUGUACAGGGGUAUCUAUGGUGAGACUAAAGCACAUCCUUACAUUGCCACAUCACUUAACAACCUAGGUGUAUCAUGGGGUGAUCUGGGUGAAUACAGGAGAGCAGUCAGCUACUAUGAACAGGCACUACAGAUGAGAAGGCAAAUCCAUGGUUAUGGUGCAGCACACCCUGAAAUUGCUACAGCACUCAACAACCUGGGGACAACUUUGUACAAACUCUGUGAUUUCAGAGCAGCUAACAGAACGUUCCUAGAAGCUUUGGCUAUGGCAAAGCAAAUCUUUCCUCAGGACCAAGACCAUCCAUUAAUAAAAAAAAUUGAAAGGAACCUGGCAGAAAAUCUGCGUAAGGCAUCUAUGGGUAACUGAUGAGAAACUUCCUAAUAUGUUAGAUAAAAAUUCCAUCAUUCUAUUUCAGUCACGUUGCUAUAUUUGCAUAAAAUAGCAUUUAGAAACACAAGGAAGGGGAACAACAGAUUAUAAACAAAAAAUGGCCUUAACCUUGAGAUGGAUAAUCAUGAUUGUUAGAGAACAAUGUUCUAAACAAAGGACUGUAUGUCUAAUAAGUUACUGGC